AUGUCGAAAAAAGUUUACAAAACAUCCAAACGUUUGCAAGCGCGUUUCAAAAGUUCUUGCCAACAAAAAGAAGAGCCAAAGAAACGUCUUCUGAAUGCGGGAACAAAUAUUGAACAAAAACCUUGGCAGCCUACGACGCAACGAAAAGGUAAAAAUGCCGGCCAUCAAUCGCUGGGAAAACCAUCAUAUAAACUUGUACCACCCCUAUUGGGCCCCAAUAUCAUCGAUUCUAAAAAGAAGUCGGCACCAGCCUAUUCGAUAAGUCGUAAAACCACACGACGUCAUUUGCACAUUGAAGAUGGUCCAGCAAAAUAUAAUGUUGCCGGGAUUUACAACAAAGGUGUGCACAGACCACCGGCUUUUUCGUUGAAAUUUCGUCCUAAUGAUUUAAAGAAAUGGUCACCACCCGAACCAGGACGUUAUAAUAUACAAACGGCAAUAUUGGCGACUACAAAAAGUACACCAGCAUUUUCAUUUGGAAAGAGACCGGUUGCUAUAAAAUCUUUGCCAACACCAGCUCCUAAUGUUUAUAACUUACCCACCACCCUGGGCACAGCAAAAGAAAGUCAAAUAAAAGCUGCACCAGCCUUCUCGUUAAUUGGCCGCGACAAACCCAGACAAAUACCUGCUUUUAUUUUACCCGGCCCUGGCCAAUAUGAAGAUAAUAGUAAACAUUUUCGUAAAUCACCACCAAAAUAUAGCAUGCACACAAGGCACAAGGUUAUUAGUGACGAACAUUUGAAACCCGGUCCAGGUGCCUAUUGUCCAGAAAGGUAUGUUAAACACAAAUCAGUACCGGCUCCCUCAUUUUCAAUACGUCAUACUCCACAUUUGGGUGAAAAGAAAAUAUAUUUGAUACCGGAGCCAAAAAUCGUAUCUUCAAAACCGGAGUGGAUUCUAUGA